UAUAAAUCAUGCAGCCUAAAAAAUAAUAGCUAUCUGGUCGCAGAUUCAUUAUAAAAAUUGUGUUUUAUUUUUAUUAAAGACAAUACGAUGAUUUAGUGAUAAUUAAAAAACCGAUUGGUUUUAUUCGGUACAGGAAUAUUUCAAAAUGUGGAUUCCUUCGAAAUCUCCAAAACUGGCUGUCGCUGUUUACAAUUGGAAAGGAGAUGUUCGAUCAGGAUUACCACUUGAGAUCGGUGAAACAGUACAAAUAUUGGAAGAGCAUGGAGCUUGGUUUCGAGGCUUUAGUACUAAAAACAGAUCAGCCUGGGGUAUAUUUCCCGCUUGUGUUGUUUCUAUUCGACCAUGUACCGUAAAAGGAACUGGUGCUUCGGCAAUCGCUGAACUCAAAGAUGAUCCACUUGUCCGAGAAAUUGCUUGUGUUUUGAGAGAAUGGGCUCGACUUUGGAAGAAGUUAUAUGUGGAACGAGAAACGUACAGAUUCAGUGCAGUAGCGAAGGUGAUGCGUGAACUUCUUAGCGGUCGCAGGGCCUUACUCGCUGGGACUUUGACCCAAGAUCAGACUAGGGCCUUGCGACUGAAACUGGUCGCAAAACUAGACUGGGGUAACAGAAAACUUGGACUCGAACUUGUGCCGCGUCGUGGCGCUGAAGCCGUUGACCCGGAGGAUAUAAGUUUAGUGGAGUUAUACAGAGUACAUGCGGAGAGCGCUGAGCGUGCUGCAGCAUGGCGUGGUACGUUACGUCGCGCCGGUGGGUCAGGGAGCAGCUUUAAUUCUGGGACACUUACCAACAACUCAAAUGUAUGCUCAACUCCAGUUCAAUCCCACUAUCUGAUGUGUAGUAUGCGAGACUUUGGUCAUACUGCUGGUGGCGAUGAAGCAGAAUUAUUGUUAUGGCUCCAUGAUGCAAGGAGAGCACAGCCCUUGUCCGAAAGGUUUAGGGUCCGUAUCGCCAGAGAUGGGUUUUCCAAUUAUGUUGAUAGGCUCCACGCGAAUAGUACGCUUUUUGCGGAUCUGUCCAGUACAGACUUAUCACGCGAACUAUGGCUUGUUGCUUGGGUGAUACGUGUUGGACGAUGGUCUGGAGCGGGGGGUAAUGGGACAGGAGAGAGAAGAGGCCCUGUUGCUAGAAGGCCCCUUGGAGCUGGAGUGUUACCACUGUCAGAAUUCCUAAGGCAGCCAGAACCCCAGACACUUGAAAAAGAGUACACGUUCAAGGUGUAUCAAUGUGAAGAGAAGGAUUUCCACCAGUUACAUGACAUGCUUAUACGAAAGCAGACAAAUAAGUGCAAUAUUUUACCUGGUCAACCUAAUUAUGGUAUAGUAGUAGCUCUAAGGCUAAUAACUAACACUGGCAGCAUAUCAGAAGCAGUUACAUCUGGGGCAACAGUGACAGCUAAACGGGGAUUCCCUGACGUGAUAAUGCCGGGUGAUGUGCGCAAUGACUUGUACCUAACAUUGGAGAGAGCUGAGUUCGAACGUGGUGGUAAAAGUACGGCAAAGAAUGUCCUGGCUACUGUUAGUGUAUACGAUGUUACUGGACAAGUUAUAAAUGAGUGCGUGUGGGGCGCGAGCGGCGCGGGCGCGACGUCGUACGAGUCGCUGGUGCUGUACCACAACAACGCGCCCGCCUGGGCCGAGCAGCUGCGCCUCACCGUGCCGCUCGACACCUUCACGCACGCGCACGUGCGCAUCGAGUUCCGCCACUGCUCCACGCGUGAUAAAAACGAACGCAAGCUGUUCGGGUUCUCAUUCGCUCGUUUAAUGGAGGCGAGCGGCGCCACCUUACGAGACGGAGCGCACGAUCUUUACGUAUACAAGUGCGACGACCCUUCCAAGUUACUUACAGCUAGUUAUCUCUCAUUACCUUCCUGCGCCAACGAUACAACUCGUACUCCAGCUACAAAUGGUGUACUUGGCACAUUCCAACGGAGUACAAAAGAAAAUUGCAUUAUUAACACAUUACUUUGUUCCACUAAGUUGACACAAAACGAGGAUUUACUAGCUCUACUACAAUGGCGAGCCAGACCGGAAAAAGUACAGGAAACACUACUACGAGUCUUACGAUUAGGAGACGGUUUGAGUUGCGAAGAACUCAUUAAGUUCCUUAGAGACGUUUUAGACGCUCUGUUUGCUCUUUUCUCUACUGAAGAUGGUAAUAGCACACCACAUUCAGGUACAGUUUUUCUCGUCCUAGUGUCGAUCUGCAGCUUGUUAGAUGAACCUCGAUUCCAACAUUUCCGGCCAGUUUUGGAUGUUUACAUAGACGAACAUUUUUCGGCUGCGCUUGUAUACAAGGGGCUGCUGUCGUCCGUGCAGCACUGCGCCGAGUGGGCGGCGGGCGCGGAGGGCCAGGAGCCGAUCCGCAAGUGCCUGCGCUCGCUGGGCGCCGUGUUCCGCCUGGCCGUGCGCUCGCGCUGCCUGUUCGCGCGCGCCACGGGCGGCCAGUACGAGGACAGCUUCCGCCGCGACGUGCGCGCCGCGCUGCACGCGCUCAAGGCGCUGGCGCAGCACCCGCACCGCGACCACCUCGCGCCCGCGCAGAUAGCUCUAAUGACGUCAUGGGCAAGCGUGGCUAAAGAAGUGGCGUCAGCGCUGGGCCCCGUGGAGGCGGCUCGCAUCACCGCGGCCAUGUUGGACGCGCCCGCAGCCAACGCGCCGCCAGCGUUGGCCAAGGCGCGACUCGCCGCCGCGCAGGAGAUACUGAAGGGGCCGCUCGGGCAGGACCCCGAGGCACGCAACAUUGUCCUAACAACCGCGUGUCAUCACCUUCGAGUCCACUUAGCGCGAAGGGAUGAGCUAUCCCAAUGCGCAGACAUGCUCGAGGAGCUAGUGACCUUGUUGUGGAAGAAAGAGGAUCCUGAUCAGCCGAUAGAUGAAGAUGAGCUGGAUCCGGACGUGGACGUGCUGUGCUUGAACACGCUGGACGUGCUCGUGGAAACCGUGCUGCACUUGAUUGGAGGCAACACGUCUGUGUUGUGUCCAAUGGUAGCAGGCUUGUUAGGUGUGAUGGAGUUACUCAAACCAGCACACUACCAAAGACUAUGGAGCCAUCUUGCCCCACACCCUCAUGACCGGAAACCACUCAAAGAUUUCCUCAUGCGAGCCUUUCUGGUGUUCAGGCAUCUUAUUGAGCAUGACGUAUUCCCACCGGACUGGAUGGUACUAAGAGUGCAAAGCUGCAAAGUGUUAUUGUCAGCCUUACAAGAUUUGGCGAAACCUCUAUUGGAAAGAUUCUUAGGAGACGAACCACCACAAUUUGAUUCUCAGCUGUGGUCAGGCUACCUGGAGCUGGGCGUGUCGCUGGUGACGGCGCGCGCGCUGCAGGCGGAGCAGUGGGAGCGCGGCCCGCAGCGCGCCGCCAUGCGGGCCGCCGCCGCGCUGCACCUGCUCGCCGUGUGGUCGCGCCUCGGCGCGGCGCAGCUGCAGCUGAUCGGGCCGGCGGUGGGCGCGCUGCUGGAGGUGACGCUGGUGGGCUCGCUGCGGCGCGCGGCGCUGGGCGCGCUCGUGGCGCUCAUGGCGGCCGAGCGCGCCGCCACCGGCUCGGCGCGCCGCACCGAGGCCGCGCUCGUCGACAAGCUCGACUCGCUGGUGGCCGACAACAAGGCGGACGAGCACUACCGCCGGCUCUUCGAUACCGUACUGAUGGAGCGCGUGUCGACGGAGGGCUGGCGCGAGGCGGGCGCCGCCUUCGUGGGCUGCGUGACGCGGCUGCUGGAGCGGCUGCUGGACUACCGCGCCGUCAUGCAGGGCGCCGAGCACCGCGACAAGCGCAUGGCCGCCACCGUCAACCUGCUGAACUUCUAUAAAAAUGAAAUCGAUCGCAAAGAAAUGUACUUGCGUUACGUGUACAAACUACAUGAUCUACACAUCGCUUCUGAUAAUUGGGUGGAAGCUGGAUGUACGCUGUUGCUGUAUGCAGAAACAUUGAACUGGGAUAGUGAUCAAAUCGGCGUAGAUCCAGAACACCCUGAAACUCCUGAAUGGAAACGUAAAGAAGCUUUGUAUAAUCAAGUGCUGCAAUAUUUCGACCGUGGAAAAUGCUGGGAAAAAGGCCUGCCUCUGUUGCGCGAGUUGGCAACUCUAUAUGAAACUCGUUUAUGCGACUACGCACGCCUCGCACACUGCUUGCGUACCCACGCGACUUUCCUCGACUGCAUUCUAGAGCAAUUACGACCUGAACCAGAGUAUUUCAGGGUCGGGUUUUAUGGAAAAGGAUGUCCUUUGUUUGUUAGAAAUAAGCAGUUCGUGUACCGCGGCCUGGACUACGAGCGAAUCGGCGCCUUCACUCAGCGGCUGCAGGCGGAGUACGUGUCCGCCCACAUACUGAUGAGGAACACGCCGCCCGACGACUCCGUUAUAGCUUCCGAUGGGCAGUAUAUCCAGAUCUGUAACGUGAAGCCGGUGAGCGGUCGUCGCCAGUGGCCGAGCGGCGCGCCGGAGCCCGUCAAGCGGUUCUACGCCUGCAACGACGUCGACACCUUCCUGUGCGACCGGCCUCUGCACAAACCUCCCAUUGAUAAGGAUAAUGAGUUCAAGAGUCUUUGGAUUGAGCGGACAACACUUGUGACAGAAAACACUCUUCCUGGAAUACUAAGGUGGUCUGAAGUCAUAUCUCGGACUGUAGAGGAAAUACCGCCUGUUGAAUUCGCGUGCGAAACAAUGGAAGCGACGGAGCGCGAACUGCGAAGCCUCAUAUCGCAAUACACGGCCGACCCGUCGCGGAACAUCAACCCGUUCUCCAUGCGGCUGCAGGGCACCAUCGACGCGAACGUGCAGGGCGGCAUCACGAAGUACGAGCAGGCGUUCCUCGGCGCGGAGUUCUCGCGCGGCGCGUCGGGGCGCGAGGCGGGCGCGGCGCGGCGGCUGCGGCGCCUCGUGGGCGCGCAGCUGGCCGUGCUGGAGGCGGCGCUGGCGCUGCACGGCCGCCUGGCGCCCGCCGACGUGCGCCCGCUGCACCGGCGGUUAGUUGAACGUUUUACGCAACUGCGACAAAACUUGGGACCGGGGCUGACGCGAGCGAGACGUCAAUUAUCCGAAAGUAUUGUUAACACACCGCUGCCCCCAGUGCCCGCGUUAGACAAGAGGUCACACAGUAUUCAGCAAAGUGACAACUAUUACGAAGAUGGACACCUUUAUAAUAAGCCCAUAUACUCCCUCGAGGAUUCAAUGGAUCAACAGAACGCCAUAAUGUCCAACAGUGUCCCGUUGGACAACAGAGAUAAUAGAGACAACAGGGACGUUACCGAUGAUUCCAUGAUUAAGUCUGCACCGCCGCUACCUUCUAGGCCCAAGUCGGGAGAUCCAAGAAGCCCGACCAGACCGUGUUUGGAGAAGUAUAGAGAUGUGGCGGACGAAGAAGUUGAGACCCGCCGUCACAGCCGUGCAUCGUGGAGCGAACCCGGCGAUGCACCACCGCUGCCUCCACGCGUCUCCAGCGACAAGCGGGCGGGCGGCGAGGCGCCGGCGGUGCCGCGGCGCGCGCGCGGCGCGGAGGAGCGCGACUCCGGCGUCAGCGUCGACCAGCUCUACGACAACGCGCCCGGCCGGCCCGAACAUGGAUAUUAUCACGUAGAUAUGGACAUAGUGGAAUCCCUUCGUUACGAAGAAAUAAUCUCCAUGAUGUCUGAGCCCUUACGAGUCGACGAGGGUGAGACGCCUCCCCCCAUCCCUCCCAAAGGGCUCGGACACCUCAGUAGCUUCGAUUCCGGUCACCAUGAGAAUGGCGAGUCACAUUGCUAACAAUCACGGUAUUUCAGAGACGAUUGGGUCAAGGGCACACUGACACAAUACUUUGUAUUGGACUUUUAGUACUACCACGUGAACUUUUAUUUUUAUGAAAUAAUAUAUUUUUUACCAGUAAAUGAAUUAAAAAAUAGCAGAAAAAGCAGUUGAUAAA